GUCCAUGACGUGAGAGCCUGGCAUAUCCGAUGUUGCUCUGGUCUUGGUCGUGAGACCUGGGUACCUGUGGAUCAUCCUGAGGUCAGGCUCCCCAAAAGCACGCCCAGGUAGAGGUAAAGAAGGUCUGUUGUCUGGGCCACAGUCAUCCCAGCCCUGUGUGCAGGCUGGUCAGUCCAGCUGUCCACCUCUUAGAUGUGUAUGCUGGCUUCACUGUUUGGGUUGUGGCCUGUAGGUCAGGCCCUGUACUCACAGGGUGCUAGGAGAAGCAGGAGCCUGCCCGGGCAGCCCAUCUGGUGGCUCCAUAGUGGAAUGUUUGGUUUCACAGUGGAUUGAACCUGUGACCUUGCACAGGAAGCUACAGCCCCAGCCCCCUGAAACUCAGGCCAACCCUUGACUUGGGAUCCUUGUCUUACAAACUCCAGUUGCUAGGGUUACAGGGGCACCGAGGUAGGUUUUGGAAAAGGGUGGUCGCAUCCCCCCCUGCACAGUAUCAUCAGCAUCCAUCCGCCCGAGUCAGGCUUGCUGUUCCAGGCAGGCUUGGUCUUGGGGGUGGGGUAGCCAGCCAGACAAGUUCAGCAGGUGCGUGGGACCUGUGGGGGUGGCCCCAGGUCAGACACCCUCCCCUAGGGAGGGGCACUCAGAUACCCAACAGCAGGCAGACCAGAGACUGGGCAGAACACGAGGGACACCCCUAGCAGGCAGAGGAGAAGGCAUCACAAGGUUGGUUCCAGAUGCCCUGCCCGCGGCCUCCCUGGCUCCGCCGCCUGCGGACUCAGAGUGCGGGCCCCAGCUCUCCAGGCGCGCCCUCUGCGCCCGGCUUCCCAGGUAGAGAUGAGGAAGAGGACGAAGAGGAGGACGAGGGCGAUGGGAGCCCCGGCUCGGGCCCCAUUCUGCCCCCCGCGUCUCCCAUGGAGUGCCUCAUCUGUGUGUCGCCCUUCGACGGCGUGUUCAAGCUGCCCAAGCGCCUAGACUGCGGCCACGUCUUCUGCCUCGAGUGCCUGGCGCGCCUGUCGCUGGCCACGGCGGGCGGCGGCGACGCGGUGGCCUGUCCGGUGUGCCGCGCGCCCACACGCCUGGCGCCGCGCGGAGGGCUGCCCGCCUUGCCCACGCAGCCUGGCUUGCUGCCCCGCGACGCGCGCGCGCCGCCACCGCGCCAGGGCUCCGUGCGCUUCGACCGCCGCCGCGGGCUGCUCUACCUGCGGCCGCCGCCGCCGCCGCCCGGGCCGCGCAAGAGCCGCGCCGCGCGCGCUCCGCCGCCGCCGCCUCUGCGCCUCGGCCGCCCGCUGUCGCGCCGCCUGACGCUGAGCAGCGGGGCCUGCGUCUUCAACGCGGCCGUUGCGCUGGCCGUGCUGGUGGCCUCGGGCCUCGUGGUCUCCGGCGUCUACAUCUUCUUCCUCAUCCCGCACGCUGCCUCCGCCGGCCCCGUGCGGCCGCAGCUGGUGGCUCUGGCCCCUGAGCCCGGCUUCUCCUGGUUUCCGCCGCGACCCACGCUGGGGCCACCCUGGACGCCGCGACCCACCAGCCCUGACCUGGACAACACCCUGCCAGGGCCUGCGGUGGGUGCGCUGGAGCGCGAGAGCGUCCCUAAGGACCCAGCCCAGCCAGAGGGCACGCUGGACGACCCAUCAGACCGCACGUGGCCAGCAGGGGAGGGCCCCGGCUGGACCCCACGACUACGGGGCAUGAGGAGGGUGUGGGGACCUCGAUGAGUGCCUCCGCGCUGCGCCUGGGAUCCUCUGGGCAUCCCCCGGGGCCUUAGCGUGUGCAUUCCCAGCACCUAUCUCUUCAGACUGGGCAGGGCACUUAGGUAGUACCACCACGGACAGCAGCAACCACCGCAGCGGGUCCACAUGGAUCCUCUGGGAACACACCUGACCCUCAUGGGAGGCCACCUGGAGAUGUCUCUGGCUGAUUCCCAUGGCUGUCCAGCUGAGGGUGCCCUGGCCUGACGUUUGUAAGGGUUUUCCUGGAGGUCACUGGUGAACCUCACCCCUGUUGAGAUCUAGUUGGGAGUCUAGUGGAGUCCAGCUGGGCGCCACCCCACUGACAUCCAUACAGGGGCUCUGAACUCGAAAGAGGGCCGCGGAAGAAUCCCCAGCCGGCACCAGGGUUGAAGGUUCUGAUCCACUCUUCCUUGGGGUGCACUGUAGGUCGAGGGGUCUUGGAGAGAAAAGUUGCUGUUGAUAUCUUGUGGUCAUGCCCCUCCACUGUUCCUUGCAGGGACAAGUAUCCCACACGGAGUGUGAGCUUUUCUUUCCACUCUACUGCCUGCAGGAUGGACAUAGGAAGACAAGUAUGCCCCUGGCUGGAACUCAGGCUCGGAGGGGCAGGGGUGACCUGACCAGGGAUGGUAGGGCCCUGUCUCUGUCUUCGUCUCUCUCUUUAGUACCAAAGAUUGAACCCAGAGGCCCUUAACUGCUGAGCCACAU